AUGUGCUGUAAACUGGGACUAAACAUGAUUGUCGUUGUCUGCGGUGACAUUGUCGCUGAGUGCUCCGCGCUCCCACUGACUCCCCCACCAACUCCAGCCUGUUUUCCCGUGUGGGAGUUGAAUAGGACCAUGAAUAUUACCAGUGAUGAUAAUGACGAAGAUGCAGCGCUGUAUGCAGCGACAGGAAAGGAACGUGCCGACCUCCCCUGUUGUCGCUUCACCGAAGAUAUCAAUGUCCAGAUUGCGCUCUGUAAAUCAAAUUUCCAUGCCGGGUGCUUGAUUAGCAUGUAUCCGGCAAGUUUCUUGCAUCAUUGUCACCACCACCUUUGGCAGUUCCCCAUAGAAAUUGGUCUGGAUCAUCGCUGGUUAUCCAUUUCCUCCGGUAACAACGUUUUGGCAAAUGUCCGGUUCAUCGAUUUCACCGUCAACACGAUAUUCCACUAUGACAUUGAUCUGGACGAGGGAUUUGACUGUGGAUACAUGCGUGGUCUUGAUGCGAACGCGUCCAGUGACUCGGAAAGCGAGCAAGAACAUGACCAAAAGUUUGUCGUUCAGGAGAUCGUCAGAAAUUCCAUUACGAGCUCAACGUCAUUGGAGGUGUCAUGA